UCUAUUCCGUCGUCGCCUUCAUCUUCCGUCCCUUGUCUUGCUAUAAAACAACACAACGAAACAAGGCGGGGGAGAAGAGAAGCCAAUCCUCCAUCACCGCCACCGCCCGAGCCCCGAGGCCUAGGCCCUGAUCUCUGCCUACCAAACAAUGGAAGCCACAGCAGCCACCUUGUCCCGCUCCGCCUCCCUCUCCGCCGGCCGCCCCCACCGCUCCCGCACCGCCAGGUUCCCGCCACCACCCCCACACCUCACCCCGCUCUCGGCUGCCGCGUCCCCGCGCGGCCUCCCGCUCCGCCGAGCCAGGUCCGACGCCGAGGUCGCCUACUUCGCGAGAUCCGCCGUCCUCGUCCGCCACGCUCCGAUCCCCGCCAUUAUCGUGGCCGACGAGGAAGAGCGCCAGGAUGACAACAGCAAGGCGCCAGCAGGCCUCGACGGCGCCGGCGCCGGCAGGAACGGCAGCAGCCACCGCGGCGGCAGCGGAGGCCGUGGCGGCGGCGGCGGCGGCGGCGGCUGUGACAUGGGCGAGUACUACCGCCGCGUGCUGCGGGUGGAUCCCGGGAACCCGCUGCUGCUGCGCAACUACGGCAAGUACCUGCACGAGGUGGAGCGCGACCUGGCGGGCGCCGAGGGCUGCUACGCGCGCGCGCUGCUGGCGUGCCCCGGGGACGCCGACCUGCUCAGCCUCUACGGCCGCGUCAUCUGGGAGGCGCGCCAGGAGAAGGACCGCGCCGCGGCCUACUUCGAGCGCGCCGUGCAGGCCGCCCCGGAUGACUGCUACGUGCUCGGGUCCUAUGCGAGCUUCCUGUGGGACGCCGAAGACGACGACGAGGAAACAGGCACCCCAGCGGUCGAUGUGGUCGCGUCGUGCGACUCGCCGGCGUUGGUGCCCGCGUGCUGAUCGUUGUCCGCGUGGGGUGUGGACGGUGUCCGGUGGUCACCUGCUUCAUCUGCUGUGUUUUGUUAGGACUGGUGUACAUAUGAGGACGGAUGAGGGCGGCGGAGGGAGCACCAGGGUAAAUCAACUGUCACCGCCGUCUACGGAACCGGCGAAAAAUAAUUAACAAGGAACCUCGCCGACGGGACGAACGCGCGGCGAAAAAUAACGAUGGCCGCAGCAAAACGGCUGGGCCAUCGACGGUCACCUCGUUUGCCUCUACUCUAAUCAUUACUGUUUGUGUUUGAUAGAUGUGUUAGUGCGACCUUGUAGCUGGAUGAAUAGCUGAAUUUACUGAGCAGUUGAUGUACUUAGGCUCCUGGUGACCUAAAAUGGGUGUGCAAAUGUGCAAUCCUAGUGAUCUAAAAUCAGUAGUGUGUAAUCCUGUUUUUCUACAUUGAUAGUCGAUAGAGGACUGCCUCGCUAUAUAGCUUGAGCUCAAUAAAUCACUACUAAUACUAGUACCAGUGUGUUGUU